AUGCGUCCAAUUGUCUACGGUUAUCCUCCUUCCGCAUGGCCACCAGUGCAAUCGCCAGCUCAGGCAUUUAUGUCUUCCCCCGCAACAGAGUCGCCCGGUCAGAUUGGCCAUGGUAUGGAGCCGCAUAGCCCAUCUUGCGAUCAGCAAUCGAAUUUUUAUGACGUGGUCAAAGCACUGGAGACCUUCCUUUCGGCCGGAUUGGACCAUAAACAAAUUUCGGAUCUUUGCAAACCGAAAAACUUCAACCAGCUCGCCACAAUAGCCAAUGCAGACGAAAGUGUCCUCCAAAGUGCAUGGGAUUUUGUGGAUCAAAAGCGCCCGGGUUCGAAGUCACGGAAACUAUCCCGUGGCCCGGCUAUGCGUUAUCCCUCUGGGGUCUCUAGCCUCAGGUCCAACCGGUCCCAAUGGUCUGCCUCAACAGAGCUGAGCACUUCUACAGCCGACUCGUUUACUUCAGGAUUUGGAAACCCUGCUGGAGGACAACCUCAAGCCUCUAUUUGGCCUUCUGUCUCAGGGGAGAUGGAUGCCAUGGUCUCUGGGGAUCUGACUACCCAGGGAAACCAUGCCCCAAUGAACUUCGUCGCACCUAAUUUUGAGCAGCCUCAGCGGCAGGACUGGGCAAAUGUAAAUACGACAGGGAUCACCUCGGCGUAUCAGCCACACGCCCUUGUGGAUGUCUCGAGUCUUUCUCGUGUUGGCAAUACCAGUCUCUCUUACGGCGCGCCGGCCUCUGCCAGUUAUUAUACCGCAGGUGGGAAAACUACACACGACAGUGGACAAUCGGCUGGCAGCACUGAUAAGGCUCAUCGGCAAACUGGCGGAAGGUCUGCCAGAAAGGACCAGAUCAAGUAUCCCUGUUCGGAGCCAGGUUGCCGGAAGGGAUUCCUGCGCUCAGUCGAGUUGGCAAAACACUUACAAGGUGACCAUGAAAAGAAUGAGAACUACGUCUGUCAGCAUGAUCAAAACUGUAAAAUGCAAACAUACCGGCACGCAACAUGGGCACGACAUCACAGCAAGGACCAUAAUUCAUGCAAGAAGGGCGAUGCCUGUGUCAAGAUCAACUACGACAGGAAGAAAAGGUACUGGGGCUGUUCUAUUUGCAUGCACCUGUCCAAAGAUGUGUCCUCCCAUGCCGAUCACCAUCAGAGCCAUUUCAAGGACGGCGCGGCGCAACCUCACGACAUAAAAUACUCGAGCAUGAUCCUGAGCUUGCUUUCGCAAGAAGCAACCAAGGGCAAAUGGGAAGAACUCUGUCUGGCGGUGCGCGUCCAGGUUGGAAACUGCGAUUUUGCGUGGCAGCCCUCCCGUUGCGAGGAAAUUCGGCUGGCCCUCGAAUAUGGCAAAUAUCAAGGCUUUGAUAUUUCCGAUCCAUCUGUCGCAGAUUGGCUCGUGAACGACGUGUUUGCCUUGAUGUCCGGCAAGCGCAAACGGGACGCGUCUGGUAUCCCAGUACCCGACUUUGGCAACCUCCCUGAUCCCGAGGGCUCGUGGCUUGAUGUCGAUCCUACCUCCUUCCUCGAUACAACCGAUGUUGAGUUCAACAAGAGCUAUUGA